AUGGACCAGUGGGAGGAAGUAACAUAUGACCUCCGGCAGUCAAUCGCCGCUCAAACCGACUUCUCCUCCCGGCUCACGAAGAACCUCAUCUCCACCCACGUCAAGGACAACAACUUCGUAUUCUCGCCCCUCUCAAUUCACGUCGUGCUGGCCAUGCUCGCGGUCGGGUUGGGCCGCACUGCCCGCAAACAGCUCCUGCGCUACCUCAUGAUCGAUUCGACCGAGGAGCUCAAUUCCCUAUCUUCGCAGAUCUCCACCUCGCUGCUGGCCGACGGCGGGACGCUCGGCGGCCCUCUCCUAUCCAUCGCCAACGGGAUUUGGGUCGAACGCACCCUUACCCUGAAGCCGGCUUUCAAAGAAACCAUCGAGAAUGCUUAUGGGAGCGCAAUAGGUCAUGUUGAUUUUCGCAAUCAGUUUAAUGUGGCAAGAGAAGCAGUCAAUGCUUGGGCCGAGGAGAAAACAAAUGGUCUGAUAAAAAAUCUGCUCCCAUCCGGCUCAGUCACUAGUUUGACUAUGGUCAUCCUUGCAAAUGCACUCUACUUCAAAGGAGUCUGGGCUUCGAAAUUCAAACCGUCUCUAACCAAAGUCCGCGACUUCUUCCUCUUGAACGGAAGUACGGUCCGUGUCCCCUUCAUGACCAGCUCCAUGAACCAAUUCGCGGUCGCCUUUGACGAUUUUAAGGUUCUGAAGCUACCGUACGAAGAGGGCCAGGACACGCGGGAAUUCUCCAUGUACUUCUUUCUUCCCAAUGCCAGGGAUGGCUUGCGAGCGCUCGUCGAGAAAUUCGGCUCGAUUUCUGGGUUCAUAGAGCACCACAUGCCACAUCUAAGUGUGAAAAUGGGGGAUUUUCGUCUCCCCAAGUUUAAAAUAAGCUUCGAUUUUGAGGCUUCGGAUUUUUUUAAAAGUCAAGGAUUAGUUCUCCCUUUUUGCGGUGGUUUGACCGAGAUGGUUUACCCUUCCCCGUAUGAUCCUCUCGAAAUCUCCGGCUUUUUUCAUAAGGCAUACGUAGAGGUGGACGAACAGGGCACGGAGGCUGCAGCAGUGACGGCAGGCAUGGGUCGUGGUGGUUGUUCGAGGUUCAGGCCUCCACCUGUGGACGAGUUUGACUUUGUAGCUGACCAUCCAUUUCUCUUUGUAAUAAGGGAGGAGAUCAGCGGUGUUGUUCUCUUUGUUGGGCAAGUUGUGAAUCCUCUGCUGCCUGUGUGA